UGGAGUUUCGGUUCUUGCUGUUUUAACGCGGGCUGCCGCUGGUGAUGCAGGAAGCGUUGGGGGUUUUCCAGUAGAAGUGAAAUCCGGCCGGAUCAACCCGCCUUUUAAAACUGGCCCCAGACUUGGAGGGAUCACUGGCAGACACGCGGCGAGCCAGACAGAGACAGAGACACACGGAGAGAGAGAGAGAGAGAGACGCCGUCUAUACGGAAGGAGGGGGCCGCCGGUGAACAAUGUAUUUCAAGGUGGAAUGGGUUGUAUGUCUCGUGUUGCUCUUGAAGGUCGAUCUAUCCAAUGGAGCCAGGAAACAAUGUGCUGAGCCCUCUGACAAGGAGCUGUCCAGGAAGUUGAACCAUUGGGUGCCUGCCUCUGCAGUGACCAGUGCAAGAAAUCUAAGGCCUGGGAGAGAAUUCAAUGAAUCUCACAUGCACACGUCACAGAUCGGGGAAAGGAGCACUUCCCCUUGGUCUUACAGAAUAAAUGAAGAUGAGGCGCGAUAUCCAAGGAAGCUAAUGGAAGCCUACUGCCUACACAAGGGUUGCCUCGGGCCUGAUGGGCGCAUUGAUGACACUGUAAUGAGUGUGCCAUAUCACACAAAAGUUUUGGUGCUGAGGAGGACCUCGAAGUGCAAACACAAGACCUAUAUCUACAAAUGGGCCGAGGAAGAAAUCCCAGUGUUCUGUGUCUGUGUUAUGCCAUAGUAGUUAAGGCUCAAAAGAAACAGCUGAGAUCCCAGUAACAAGAAUGUAGCUGUCAUUGUAAGAUUCACAGAAAAGUAUUUCUGUCGGCCAGUAAUAAAAAUGCAGAAUAUUUUGAUUA